UGUACGCAUGUCGCCGCAAUGGGGCGGCAAUGAGCCGCCCACGCGCCCAACAACGCGGCGAUAUCGUUGCAAAAUGAUGCGCCGGCAUAAUUGAGCGGAUGUGCGUGAGAUCGCGGAAGAACAAGGGCGCAGAUAAAAGAGAUAUCGAAGCCACUACGUUGAUGGAUUCUAAUUGCACGCAAUGUACGGAGCCGCGUAUUUAUGUCACAUAUUUCGCCGUAAAUGCGGCCCUUUCAUUCACGGCCUCUGCCUACAAUGAAUGCGAUUAACGACAACGCGGAACACCUUGCAUGGACAGUCGAAUUCGCACGACUUUCUUUUGCGCUGAAACGAAUCGUCGCGACGCGCAUUGUCGACUUUGUCGAUCGCGCGCUUGACACGGGUCUACGAGAAAUUGGUGUCAGGAAUGCAAAUUCGUAGAGAACAUGAAGCACCAGGGUGUCGUCCACCACCACCACCACCAUCACACCACCAUCAUCAUCACGCGACGUCCGACAUUCCCGGCAAAGUUGGUUUAAAUGGGCACCAUUAUGCUCGUUGUUCAUGUCCCGUCGUGCGUACAUCCCUUUUUUGUGGGAACGUGGACAUUACGGCGCUCUUUGAACUCGUGGGAAUAAGACCCACCGCGGUCAAGUACGGCGGUUUAUUUAUUUUAUUUAUUUUUGUCGUUCGCGUAAAUGUGGUUUUAAUGUGCGUGUUGACGCGCGCGUGAAUACGCGCAGUUGAGCUUAAGUACCUUAACUAAAGGUAAUACGCGCGAGAUACUAUUCUUAAUAGCUCUCAUUAGAGCACUCUGUCAAUUUUCUUACGUAGUAUGUCGUUUACUGUCUCGUGGAUCUUGGAAUAUGUCUACCGUGUACGAUUCUCUCGCAGUAAUAGUCUCAGAGUCGAAAAUUGACACGAAUUAGUAGAUAACUUAUUUCUUACAUUUUAAUUGUACAUCUUCAAUACUCCUCUCUUUUACGAUAAAAUUAGUUCUGCUUGUAACUCCGCACCCCACGUUCAAAGGAAUUCACCUAAUGCAGUUCGGUUAUCAAAGUCCGGUCCUAAAAAUUACGACUAUCGCUGUGUCGUAACGUUACAAAAAAGGCAGGAAUAUCAUAGAGGGAUCAAAGUUGGAAAUAUCUGCGCGUAUCUCGGUGUCAGAGUCGGCGGUGGCGGUGGCGGUGGUGGUGACAGUGGUUAGUUAGUGGCGGUGAUGCCCGAGUGUUGCUCCACAUGUGUGCAUUCGGCGCACAGGGCAUACUGAUCGGAGAGAGGGGUGUUGGUGGUGGUGGAGGCGCGCGUACGCUCUGCGGGGCCCACUUGUUCGCCGGUGGGUUGGCUUGACAUUCGUGAGCGCGUUGCCGGUGCGGCAACAUCGGGUACUUGCCUUGCUUCGGUGCGAUUGACGGCGUUUACGUCUUCGCGUCCGUUGUCGAGGAAACCGUCGGGGCCACCACGAAUGUCACUCACUUGAGGCAAGACUACGGUUCCCUGUGGGAGAACUGGAAGCACCGAUCUGGUAAUAACGAGUCAUCCGAGAUCGUGACUGAGACGUUGAAGAAAAAGUGCACCAAGUACGGAAACGUGUCGAAAAGUCGCAUCUUAGAACGUGAAGAACAUGUUUUAAGAGAACGGAGAUAGAGAGGAGAGAGAGAGAGAGAAGUUCGGACGUUUAUACGUACAGUGAUCUGCGCAUCUGAGGAACAACGAAACCGAAAAAUGACGACCGAGUCGUUGUCGCGCGAGGUUGACGCGCAUAUCGUCACCAUCCUGACAAGGCUGUCGACCCUCCGGGAGAACAAUGCCGACGUCGUCGAGAGGAAGGCACCCAUGUCCAUUGAGGCCCGUAGUCUGGAGCUGUGGCGUGCUGUGGCCGUCGAGUGCUUCGCCACUUUCCUCUUCAGCCUAGUAGUAUCCGGCGCGGCCGCGGCCUCCGCCGUAUCCGGAAGCGGACUCUCCGUGUUAGCUACUGCGGUGGCUUCCGGCUUCGCCAUCGCCGCGAUCUCCAUCAUCUUCAGUCACGUCAGCGGUGGACACGUGAAUCCAGCGGUCUCCGUUUCGUUCGCUUUGUGCAGACGGAUCUCUCCGCUUCGCGCGGUGCUCUAUAUAGCGGCGCAAUGCGGCGGCGGGAUAGCUGGAGCGGCGAUGCUUUAUGGAGUAACUACACCUCCGAACACGCAGACCCUAACAUCCCCCGGUAGGUUGGGAGGCCCUAUCGAGAGGCUGCUGGUUGAGUUAGCAUUAUCGGUGCUUAUCAUGCUGGCACAUUUCGCCGCGGACUCACCUAGAUCACUGCCACCUGCAAUCUCCACGAAAGCUUCCGGAGUUUUGGCCGCAGCUUACACAGCAGCCACGCUCGUUUCCAGCCCCUUUCUAAAUCCAGCACGCGCCCUUGGUCCGGCCUUCGUGAUGAAUCGCUGGGACAACCACUGGGUAUACUGGGUAGGCCCAUUGUCGGGAGGCGCCGUGGCAGCGCUGCUUCACGAAUACGUUCUGAGUCCCAAACGCACGAAAGACCCGCGUGAGAUGGACGACGGCGAUAAUUCGUCCAUGAGGUCCGACGAGGACACAUACGAUGAUCUCGACAAACCGAACGGACCUAAAUUCCCUGGCGCAUACGCGACCUAUCGUCCAGUCGCCGGUGCGUCUUCGUCGAUCUACAGCGCACCGCCGUCGGCGUUAGAGCGCGUCGAGUCGAUCUACGGCGGCACCAAGUCGCUCUAUUGCAAGUCGCCACCGUUGACGCGCGCUAAUCUCAAUCGCUCGCAGAGCGUUUAUGCGAAAUCAACAUCAGGUCCGCGGGAUGGCCUGAUGAUACCGAAACCGGGGCCGUUGGUGCCGGCGCAGAGUCUGUACCCCAUUCGUCUGGGUGGCCAGAAUGGCUGCCAAAACGGGCUGAUCCGUGAGAACCAGCCUGUAACCGGUGGUAGCGGCCCUGGCGGCGGAGGAGGAGGAGGAGGAGGAGGAGGCGCCGGCGGUCCGCCGAGCCAGACCUCGCAGAACCACAACAGCACCAAUCAAAAUAUGCAGAAUCAACUGCAGCAAUGCACACAAAGCAUCUACGGCAUCCGCGGCAUCUCCACGAGCCUUAGCACACGGGAGAACGGUAUCUACGGGGUGUCCACAGGCUCUAGCGUCUAUGGUCGUGCGCCGGCUCCGCCGCCGGGCAGCCAAAACUCGCAGCAAUCCGCUCAACAAGGUGGUCAGUCCUCAGUGCAGAACCAUCCACCACCACCACCGUCGCAGCAGCAACAACAGCAGCAGCAGCAGCAGCAGCAGCACCAACAUCAGAACGGGCCCUUAUCGACCGCCUCUGACAGCGGGCCAAAUCCCAGACGACCUGAGAGCAUGUACGGCCAUGUGUCGAGGCGCAGCGAUGAUUCUGCGUACGGUAGCUAUCAGAGCUCGACGAGGGGCAAUUACGGCAAGGUACCGGGACCACCUGGCCCACCCAACGGUCCGCCAGGGCCGCCGCAGUAUCGCGAUCAAGGUAGACCGAGUCCGGCCGGACCGCUCCAACAGAGUCAGAGCGCGCAGAGUAACUUCCAAAGAAACUCACCGAAUCCUCAGUAUUGACUAUAGACUGAAGGUCGAUGGAUGCUACGAGGGUCAUCGUGCCAUUGGCAAAUCGUUCCCGAUUGCGAAGGAUCCGCCCGCGGAAUCGUUUUAAUUCGUGCAGCCGAAUACGUUCUGAUGAUUUCGAAGUAGAGCGUAAUUUCUAAGCGAUUAGAAAAAUCUGUAAAUAGACUUUAGUUAAUGAAUGUUUAUAUAAUUUUUUUACGUGUCUGCUGCUGUCGUAUGAUAAUUCUUUCUGCGUUGAAAGAUACGGAUGUCAAACCCGUAAGAGGAUUAAUAAGUGAUGAGAGAAAUAAAAUACGCGACACAAUAAUUUGUCGCCUGUCUUAUUUAUCGCCAGUGUUGUGAUCUAAAUUUAGACUUGUCUAUCUUUAGAAUGGUGAUCCAAGUUUAAUGAUAAUCUAAUCUACGAACUGAGAGAUGUGACUGUAUAUAGAACUUUAUAGAGAUGUAGAAUUAUGAUUUAUUAUUUAUAAUGGUAUCGAAAGUUGAAUAUAUUUCCAGAAAAAACGAAGACGCAUUUUUUGUAUUUUUUUGUUGUGUAUACUAAGGUCAAUUGAUAAUGAAAACAAUAUUUAAUGCACAAUUGCAAGAUUGAACAUGUAUCAUUUUUGUACAACAUACACAAUUCUCGUGGAUUUCAGUCUAAUUUAACUCUUAUUUCAUAUCAAAUAGCAAUAAUUCAAUGUCAGCCGAGUGAAUAAUUAGAAAAUUCCUGUACAAUUAUCGAUCUGAUUAAGCUUUAGAUAUAGUUCGUGCCAAAUAUUUUCCAGUGAAUAUUCUUCAAGGAGCAAUCAUAAAGAUUAUAGUGCUCAUCUUAAAAAUUACUCGUGGAAAGCUAAUUACGCACAAUAUAAAUUAUCUUUACUGUGAACAUAACACUAUUACUCGUAUCUCUCACAGUUAUAAGAAAUCUAUCUAUGCCAUAUAACCAUCAAAUAGUAGGAGUUUUAUAUAUAAAAGUAAAAAACAAGAUGAAUAUCGUUAUUUAAACAUAUGCAAGGUACUAUGUAACAUACCAAUACGAAAAAUGGCAAAGUAAAUAGAUUUUCGUAUCAUAGAAAUUAUUAUGUAAAAGUAUUUGUACAUAUUAUAUGUAUUUAUUAAUUUGUAUCCAUAUAUGAUAAUUGUAAGUUUUGAUAAUUGUUACAUUCGUAUAUCUACGCAUUUCUAAUAUAUACAUAUUAUAAACAGUAAUAUAAUGUAGUAUAUAUUAGAAAAUCAUGACAAUAAAUGUAUUUA